GGGAGGCGUCUGUCGGAAGCUUAGAGGUUUUUGUGUGUGGUAAAAGAUGGCGAAAUACAACGAGAUAGCGAAGAAGAAGAGAGAGGCGAAAGCUGAUAGAAAGCGAGCUAUACACGGAGAUCCACUCACCAAUAAACUGAAGAGCAGAGCUCCGGUUGUCUCCGUCUCCGGGAAACGUCAGAGAAAACUCCUUCGAAAAUUGCGCCGAGAGCAGAAAGAGAUGGUGGAGAAGGGUCUUAUAACCAUGGAGGAUGUUGAGAUGGCUUCUUCUGAUGCUGCAUCAGAAGAAUCGAAGAAAUCUCCUAGAAAGUUUAGCGUGAAGAAAACCUUGAAGCUUAAUAAACUAAAGAACAAAGGCAAGAAGAAAAGCCAGAAUGCCAUUGGACAAGUAACUGCUGAUCAGAUGACGGAAUGAGUGUAUGUUGUAUAAACCUUUGAAUCAACAUUAGACACGAACUUGAUAAAUUUUGAUAGGAUUUCAAUUUGAGAAGUUUUCCGGAAUUUAUACUUCUAAUAUGUUUUGUCUUUUAGAAAGAUCUCACUUUGUAUUCUGGCGGGGAUGAUAAUCUGGUUAUUCUGUCA